AGACGAAGCACUGCCCUGAAGAGCCAAUGGUCAUCGGGGAUUUCCAAUCGUAACGAGAAAAACGGAUUUUCGGGUCGGGUCGAUCUACUUGUCGGAUUAUUUUGGAUCCGGACACAAUGAUUGGUUGGUGCAGGCAGUUGCGGGGCGCUUUUGGGGCCCCUUUUCUGUGGCUCGUUUGCUUGAUUUACUUCACCCAGGGUUUUAGAUCUUUUGUAUGGACUGCAGUUUCGUAUCAGCUGAAAGAUGAAUUGAAAUUAUCGCCUUCAGCUUCCCAGUUUGUCUCUUCAAUAGCAUUCUUUCCAUGGAGUGUGAAACCUCUAUACGGAAUCAUAUCUGACUGUAUACCCAUUAAAGGAAGAAAGAGAAUUCCCUAUUUAAUGCUGGCCACUUUGCUAUCACUCCUUCCAUGGCUUGUUUUAGGAACCAACGAAUUUCUUAGGACCACUAAGGUGCAGCUAAUGAUUUUUCUAACAGUGCAAAAUCUGGGAUCUGCCAUGGCUGAUGUGGUAAUUGAUGCGAUGAUAGCAGAGGCCGCAAGAUUAGAGCGAGCUUUAUUUGCUGGUGAUCUUCAAUCAAUCUCUUGGAUGGCAAUGGCUUUGGGAGGAAUCUGUGGGAGUUUGCUAGGUGGUUAUGCAUUAAGCAAUCUGAAGAUGGAUGAAAUUUUUCUUAUUUUUUCUGUUUUACCAGCAAUGCAGUUUGUUUCAUGUCAUUUUGUGGAGGAGGGCUCUGCAGCUUCUAAAGCCCUCUCCAAAAUUUCCACUCCAAAUGGGACCCACUUGACAGACGAAAACUUUGAUGAGAAUUUGAACUUCUCUAAUGGGAAGUCCAAAGGUGGUCCUUCAAGGAGAAAAAAGAGCCAGAAAGAUACCGAAAUCAGAGCAAUCAAAACAGGUGACCUCCAAAUUCAAGAAAAAGACGGGCCAUCCUCUAAUCUGUUUCAAUCCCUGAAAUCAGCAAGCUAUGAUCUAUUUAAGGCUUUCCGGCAGCCAAUCAUUCUACGACCAAUGGCUUGGUUCUUUUUAGCACAUAUAACAGUCCCAAAUCUGACCACAGUAAUGUUCUACUACCAAGCAGAGAUUUUAAAGUUGGAACCAUCAUUCUUAGGGACAACACGUGUUCUAGGGUGGUUAGGCCUCAUGCUUGGAACCUUCAUAUACAACCAGUACUUGAAGAAAAUGAGAUUGCGAAGAAUUCUCAUGUGGGCUCAUGUUGGUUUGGCCAUUUUGGGUGCUCUAGAUUUAGUUUUGGUUACCCGAAUCAAUGCGUCAUUAGGCAUAUCGGAUAAAGCUAUGGUGAUGUGCGGGUCUGCUCUUGGAGACGGGAUAAAUCAAUUCAAGUUUAUGCCGUUUCUGAUCUUAUCAGGGCAUCUAUGCCCUCCAGGAAUUGAAGGCACUUUGUUUGCGCUCUUUAUGUCAAUCAACAACUUGGGCUCUACGGUGGGAUCUUUUGUAGGAGCUGCGCUCGCGUCUGCUCUUAACAUAUCUUCAGGAUCUUUUGAUAACCUUCCCAUUGGCAUUCUCAUUCAGCUCGUCUCCACAUUCUUUCCGGUGGCUUUUCUGUUUCUGAUCCCCAAGGAUGCCACCGGGCUAUCGGCUUACUAUUUCAUUACUGUGAACUGUGAAGUGGGAAGGAUGAGGAUGAACUGCUUCUCUUGUUGUCUUUCUGGGGAGGAGAAAAUCGCCAGAAAUUCAUUGAAGAAAAGCAUUCAAGAAUACAAGGACAUUAGGGUUCUUGCUUCAUUUGCCAACAUUUCUUUGAAAUCUGAUAGAAGCAGGAAGAAAUACAUUGAGGAAGAAAUAGGAAAAUUUGGAAAGGGGAAUAGCUCAGCUCAUGCUUUUACAUACCAAGAACUAUCUGAUGCAACCCAUAACUUCAACCUUGAAUCUUUGCUUGGGGAAGGCGGUUUCGGGCGGGUCUACAGAGGGCACCUCAAGAACAAAGACAAAACUGUUGCAGUUAAAAAACUCGACAGGAAUGGCCUCCAGGGAAACCGGGAGUUCCUCGUGGAGGUUCUGUUGUUGAGUCUUCUUCACCACCCUAACCUUGUGAGCUUGCAAGGGUAUUGUUGUGAUGGAGAUCAAAGGCUAUUAGUAUAUGAGUUCAUGUCCAAUGGCUCCCUUGAAGACCAUCUUCUUGAUCCAAAGCCAGGUAAAAAGCCACUUGAUUGGAUUACAAGGAUGAAAAUAGCUCAAGGAGCAGCAAGAGGGCUUGAGUAUUUGCACGAAACAGCUAAUCCACCGGUUAUAUACCGUGACUUCAAAGCAUCCAACAUACUCUUAGAUGACAACUUCAAUGCAAAGCUUUCUGAUUUCGGGCUGGCCAAACUAGGACCAACGGGCGACCAGUCUCAUGUCACCACCAGGGUCAUGGGCACAUAUGGCUAUUGCGCGCCCGAGUAUGCCUCUACGGGCCAGUUGACUACAAAGUCUGAUGUUUACAGCUUCGGGGUCGUGUUUUUGGAGAUCUUAACAGGAAGAAGAGUCAUCGACAACUCGAGGCCCAGUGAAGAACAAAAUUUGGUUUUGUGGGCACAACCAUUGUUCAAAGACAAAAACAAGUUUCACUUGAUUGCGGAUCCAUUAUUGGAAGGAAAUUUUCCAGCAAAGGGUCUGCAUCAAGCUCUUGCAAUCGCGGCAAUGUGCCUACAAGAGGAAGCAGACACGCGACCUUUCAUAACCGACGUGGUUUCAGCUUUGGAGUUUCUGUGUGGGAGCAGAGGCGGGGAGGGAGAGGAGGAGGAUUGCGAAGAUGCCGCUGUCGCGGCUGAGCCAUCACCUCCAGACGACAAUGAAACCAAGAGCUAAAAUGGGGUUUCUGUCCAUGACAUUGGCUCUCAAUGAUGAUGAUCCUAGUGUGGGUGAAAGAGAUUUUUACAUGAUUGUCUGGAGAUGAUUGACGUCUUGGUGUUACUGUUAUUUAAUAUAAUCAGUUAGAGUUUUACACUACACAACUUACAUGAACUAAAGAGGAUUAGUUUCU